AUGGACUUGGAUGAAACCGACUCACUGUCUCAGCUCUCUGACCAAUUUCCUGGCUAUGAAAAGUUCAUCUCACAUAUCACGAGUGUCACAUCAACCUUCGUCCUCCCAUUCUUGUACAUUACCGACCGCCGCAAUCCCCGCAUCACUGCCUCACUGCUCAAUCAGAUUUGCUGCAACAGCGGAGACUGUUCUCCUACACAUUUUGCGCACAUAAACGCGACCGCUUGCUUUACAGCACGGUUGUUGUAUGAUACCAUACUCAACGCACUGGCAAAAUGGGAAGUGGCCUGGGAGAAUGGUUGUCAAAAUUGGCCUGGUGAGGAUGGGAAAAGAUACAACGACAGUAUCGAUAGCUUUUUACAUGGACUCCGGAAUCUACGCAACAAAUCCUGGGAAGGAAAGGCUAAAGGAAAUGGUAGAAUUGUAGAUGAGGAACCGAACAUGGUGCUCCUCAUCGAGAGGGCUGAAAGGCUGAAGGACAACCUCCCGGACCUUAUCGUUCCUCUCACACGUCUCGCAGAAUUGUCACAGGUGAAGAUAACGACCAUAUUUCUAUCCUCUGUGCGAUGGGAGGACAUCAAGCCACCUCUUGGCGCAUCCCCAGAUCCUUACUUCAUCGAUUAUGAUCUCAGGGUCAUUGGCGUCUUUUCAGAUACAAUUGACAGCCUUCUUUUUGAAUUCAUUUCUAUGCCUACAACGCAGCCAAGUGCAGGCACACAAGAUAGGACAUACCAUCCAUCGCUGCUGCCAUUGUAUGAACAAUAUGUGGAACACGUCUACAAUGUUUGCUCUCUCUACACAACCGACAUCCGAGAACUGCAGUAUAUUGCUGCUGCACGGUGGCCUGGGUUUGUUAAGCCUGUGCUACAGGAGCAAAGCGAAGUUAAUGGGGAUGGGGACCCAGAUCCAGACGGAACACGUAAUGAACUGACACUCCCUGCUUCCGACGGCCGCAUGAGACUGCUCAAGUUCUUCACCCCUUCUCUGACGGCGGCACUCGAUGUACUCUAUCCACGCUUGACCAAUGCUACGGACUGGGCGUUAUCCAAUGACCCUGACAUGCAAGCGCCAGAGGAGGCACAACGUCAAAUAAACACGGAAGGGCGCAUCACUGUUGACCACCUACCGCGGAUGUCCAAGUUCAUCUUACUCGCAGCGUUCCUGGCUUCGACGAAUCCUGCCAAGAGUGACGUGCGAAUGUUUGGUCGCGGAGCAGAUAAACAGAAAAGGCGACGUCGGAAAUCUGCCUCGCCAAAGAAAGCUGGGGCGCAGACAACUGUUGCAAAGAUUACACAAAGAUUACUUGGCCCUGUAGUAUUUCCACUGGAUAGACUUCUCGCAAUUCUUGGUGCCCUCCUAGAGGAGAAUGAUGUUGAGAACCGGCCUCACGAACCUUGCUUUGAACUUCCAGGGGAGCACACCGACAUGGAAUUGGGGCGAGUGCAUAUUUACGCUGCUAUUACUGAGCUUACGUCUAUGCGUGCUCUACAUCGCACGACUGCUGUCGAGAAACUAGAAGGACCGCCUAUGUAUAAAUGUGGGAUUUCAUUUGGGGUGGCAGGGGCACUUGCCAAGGACCUGCAGAAUCCGGAGCCGAAUUACAACCACCAAUCAGCUGACACUAGUGCUAUCGCUGAAAUCCAGUCACAACCGCCGGUGCGAAAAUCCUCAAGCCCGUAUCAGACAAACGCUCUUCUCCAACAGUCCAACUCCUGCAUAUCUAUGACGAGGCCCACAGAGUUCGUCUCUGAACCUGCGGCAUUCCCUUUACAAUUACUCAACCCAAAGCCGGCGCUCAAGAAUUCUGCCAACCUCAGGCUCGGUAGUGAGGUCACUGACAAACAGGUUGACGACCAUCAUGAUGUGCAACGCUCAGCUCGACUCCCAGCUUUUGCAUUCGCUACUCGGGAUUCCAUGGAUGAUAGUGCGGACUUUGACGACCCGAACCUCGACCCUUCACAAGGCCCAGAAUUUGACGACGAGUCACCCUAUCCAGAAGUUCGGUCCGCUGUCGCAAACACAGAUGAUCCGUCCAUACAUGUGACAACGCUUCGUACAUGGGUUUUAGGCUUGGCCUGGGCAAUUAUUAUGCCUGGUGUCAAUCAGUUUUUCUCCCUCCGCUAUCCCAGCGUGCCCAUCACUGGCAUAGUUGCUCAGCUACUCUCGUUUCCAAUAGGCCGCUUCUGUGCUGCUUAUAUUCCUCGAAAAACAAUCUUUGGGAUUUCACUAAAUCCUGGUCCCUUCACUAUCAAGGAGCAUGUGCUGAUAACAAUCAUGGCUUCGGUAGGCGCAUCAUCUGCUUACGCAACAGACAUUGUCGCUGUGCAAAGAGUUUUUUAUAAUCAGAAAUUCGAUUUCGGUUAUCAGUGGUUUUUGGUGAUGUCAUCACAACUCAUUGGCUUCUCCACCGGGGGAAUCACACGACGGUUUCUUGUGUCGCCUCCAAGCAUGAUCUGGCCCGUGACUCUAGUCAGUUGCGCACUCUUCAAUACUCUUCACUCCGAACAGUAUGCGGGCAUUGGGCGAUUAGGCGGCUUAAGCCGAGGACGCUUCUUCGUCUAUGUUUUCACAAGCGCAUUCUUGUGGUACUUUAUCCCUGGUUACCUAUUCCUGUCCCUUUCGUGGUUCUCUUGGGUUACAUGGAUUUGGCCUCACGAUCCUGUCGUCUCACAGCUCUUUGGCUACGUCCACGGUAUGGGAAUGUCCGUGAUAACAUUUGACUGGGCCCAAAUUGCAUACAAUGGGUCACCACUAGCCAUGCCUUGGUGGGCAACGGCGAACGUUAUCGUUGGCUUUGUAAUUUUCUAUUGGAUAGUAACACCUAUAUUAUACUUUCAAAAUACCUGGUAUUCUCUUUACAUGCCUAUUUCGUCAAGGACCUCCUUCGACAACACACAGCACGCAUACAACGUUACCCGGAUAUUGACUCCAGAAGACACUUUCAACGCGACAGCAUACAAGGAGUACAGUCCAAUAUUUAUUCCAACAGCGUUCGUGAUGUCUUAUGGUCUCUCGUUUGCCUCUAUCACUGCAACUAUCGUUCAUUGCUUUAUCCAUUUUCGGAAGCAAAUUUGGUAUCAAGCGCGACGAUCACUAAGGGAACAGGCAGACAUUCAUGCUCGCCUUAUGAGUCGAUACCCACAAGUUCCUGAUUGGUGGUACUUAUCCCUAUUCACUCUCAUGUUUGCAUUGGGUGUCGUCAGCAUCGAGAUUUGGCCUACAGAGAUGCCGGUUUGGGCUUUUGUCGUAGCGCUCUUAAUUGCAUUGACCUAUGUGAUUCCAUGCGGUAUGAUACAGGCAAUCACCAAUCAACAAAUUGGGUUGAAAUAUUCGCUACCUGGAAAACCAGUAGCAAUGAUGCUGUUUAAGACUUUCGGCUAUAUCUCUAUGGCUCAAGCCUUGACAUUUACGUCCGACCUCAAACUUGGUCAUUACAUGAAAAUUCCUCCUCGAAAAAUGUUCUGGUGUCAGAUUGUGGCUGCGAUAGUCGCUGGAACCGCGCAACUGGGUGUUCAAUCGUGGAUGUUCUCUAACAUACCAGACAUGUGUAGUCCCACUCAAAAAGACGGUUUCACCUGUCCUAACGUGGAGGUAUUUGGCACUGCAUCCAUCAUCUGGGGUGUGAUCGGCCCAGAACGGCUCAAUGUCCUCUUGCAGCUCCGUGUUGGUGUUCUUCAUUAUCGGAGCAGUCAGCCCUGUCGUGGGUUGGCUGGCGAUGAAGCGGUAUCCAAACAGCUUAAUACGAUACGUGAAUCCAUAGUAUCAUCUCAUUCCUCCGGACAGCAUUGCAUCAUACACCAUAGUCCGCUUAUAUUUAACGGUACCUACAAGAUUCCCCCUGCUUCUGCGCUCAAUUAUGUACCGUGGGCGCUUGUAGGUUUCAUCUUUCAGUAUGUAAUACGAAGGCGCAAUUUUGCAUGGUGGACGAAAUACAAUUAUGUCUUGUCGGCAGCCCUGGAUGCUGGGCUAGCUGUUUCUAUAAUCUUCAUAUUUUUCGUAUUGCAAUAUCCGGCAAAUGGGUCGAUUGGGGAGGGCUUGCAACACUGGUGGGGCAACACCGUAGGCUCUCCAUUGAACUACCAGCUCAAACGACUAAUGCGUUUACCCAUCAAGGUAUAUUAUGAAACUGCUGAUGGUAUGGGCACCCCAGUUCGCCAGCUACACGGCUCAGAGACAUUCGGGAUCUUGGUAGUCACCGUAUAUUCUGUGCUUUAA